CAAAACCCGUUUAAACGACAAUACUAUAUUUGUUUUGAAUAUACGGAUCAGUUAUGAAGAUCAACAAAAAUGAAUGUUUAAUAUGUUGUCUAUAACACGUGCCAUAGACAUUUAAACUAAAAUAUCAGCUUAUGACUUAUAUUCAACUGCAUUCAAUAUAAAUCGUUGUAAACCAUUUAUACGAAAUGGCGGGCACAUUAGAAGGAAGCAGCGAAAAGUGUAUAGAUAUAUCUUCUCAAAUUAUAAAAGACAUUGAAGACUUUUCUGACGCCUUCGAAAUUGCAGAGAAUUUAGACGUCGACCUUGGUGGGCUUGGAGAGCUGGAAGAAAUGAAAGAACGAUUGAUGAUGGAAUUUCAUAAGUGUCAGGCUGGCUUUAUAAAUCAUAAAGAAAAGAUAUGUCGGGAAAUGAAAGAUUACAAAAGAGAUGACAUUAACAAAAGAGGAAAACUUCAUGACUUAUUAACCCAAACAAAAACUACGUUCUCAAAAGUAGAUGCCAAUCCCUCCGAAGGAAUUUCUGUAAUAGAGAAUGCUCUCAAAACAGAAGGAUUUAUAAAAAAUCUUGGCGAUGAGUUCUGCAUCAGACAGGAGACCAUUAGGAAAGGAGAGUGUUGCAUCGUAGUUGCAGGCGAAACGUCAGCCGGAAAAUCUCUUUUCUUAAACCUGAUAUUGGGUGAAGACAUACUGCCGUCUAAGCAUGCGUCUUGCACAAGUGUCAUCACACGACUGUCAUAUGACAAGAAAAAACAUGCAAGAGUUAUCUAUCAUGACAAGAACAGACCGGAUGAUGUAUUUGAUGAUAUUGAGCAUGGCAAAAUCCAAAAACUAGUGUUCGAAGAAAACCUAGACAAGAGGGAAAAAACUUCAGAUAUAAAGGAAGUCCAGAUAUUCCUUCCCGCUAAACUUUUAGAGAGUGGAAUUGUACUGAUAGAUACACCAGGUAUAGGAGAAAACGAUGGUAUGGACAUUGUGAUAGAAAAAUUUGUAGAUGAAAAUCAAGUAACGGGAUUUAUUUACAUGAUAAAAUCUGAUAACGGUGGUGGAGUGGACGAAGAUAGGCUGGUUAAAUUGAUGAAGAUUAUUCUACAAAAGGAAAAGAAAAAAGGAGAAAAGGGCACAUUUAGAUUUAAUCCUGAUUGUGCAAUGUUCAUUUGCAAUCAUUGGGAUAGUGUAUGUGAAAAAGACAAAGUGUAUAAACACAUAGUUGACAGACUUCAUAAAAUUUGGCCUAACUUUGAUAAAGAUAAAGUUAAGACAUUUUCAUCGUGGAGGGCCAAUCAUGAAAUUGAGAUAGAUCAAGAUUAUAUAACAUCAGAUUUUCAAGAUGUAUUAAAUCUCUUGAAAAGUAUUUACAGUCAAGCUUUGAAUGAACGAGUAAAAGUCACUUACAAAUGGAUGAAAACUCUUUUACUUCGAUCAGUUCAUCAUAUGAAAACAAUGGUCAGACAACUCAACUGUUCGGAUGAUAGAAUGGCAAACAAAAUGAAGGAAGCGAAUGAAAAUUUGGAAAAGCUAAAAAAUGAAUCAGUUGACAUCAUAACAUCUUUGAGAGAUAUGAUAAACAACAAGUCUCAUCAAAUUUGCGGUGCAUUUCGAGAGUACCUGAAGCUCCCUGUGGUUCGGAUGGCUAUAACACAGUGGAUAGAACAAGAACUUCCAAGCGAGUUCAUACUGGAUCCCGAAGGAGAGCCUACAGCAGUCAAGAAAGACUGGGUGAAAUUGAAAACGGAAAUUGAUGGUUUAAUCAUUGAACGGAUCGCUCUUGAACUGGACAAAUGGGAAGAAGAAACCGGUACCAUUGAUAUUCUUGAAUCCUUGGUUGUUAACGAAAUUCAACAAAAGGUAUUGGGACUAACAGAUGAAGUGACCCAGGUGGAGAAAGAACUACAUUCAUCCACAGGAUCAAGAGAUUCAGUCGCAUCAAUUUCAAAACCCUCGUAUAAAAACGAUUACAGACGUGAAACUGUUUGUGCUACCUACUUUCGCAGAAUGAAACUUGAAGAUAAUCAAUACCAUCUUACUGCCCUUGCAAGGAAUAAGGUAUUUCAGCCGUUGAAGAAAGUUAUACGAAUAUUCCCUGGUGUUAAUAAAUGGAAGAAUUACGCGAAUGAUAAGUGUGCAUAUGCAAAGGGUCGAUCUGAAAAACUUCUGAAAACAUUUACUGAGCCAUGUCGAAAUGAGGACGACUCGCUGAAAAUCGUCAUUGACUGUUUCAUGGAAGGAGCCAAGGACACAUUAGAUAAAUCCAUUCUUGAGAUUCCAAGUUUAAUCAAAGCAAAUCAGGACAUUUUUAGUCACGUGAUAACAUGUAAACGUGAUGUAGCCAUAAAUCUUCGGGUUUAUGAGGAGAUGAUGAAAGAACUAGAAAUUCUCAAGCGUCUUCUAGCAGACUAUGGUGCGGGGUAUAUAUUUAUUGAAGAUUUCAAACCAAAUGAGUUACAGAUUAUUGACCCAAAUGACGCAACAGGAAGAUCAACAACCCCUUUCAAAAUAUCAGAAUUCUUGAUGAACAUGUCAAGUUCACAAACAAGCACAAUUCAACGAUGUCCUAGGGGCUUGUGGACAGCACACCAGAGAGGGCUACUGAAACGGGAAAAUAGCGAAGAAAAAGUUACCAUUAAAAUAUACCUUCCUUCAUGCAACAUAGAAAAGUGUUAUUCCGAAAUUGCAAAGCUAAGAUUAUUAGAACAUAACAAUGUUGCAGAUUUCUUAGGCAUACAAAAUUCACAAUCGUAUUUUCCUGCAAUGGUAUACAGCAAACAACUGAAAACUCUUCGACAUCAAUACGAGAAACAAUCUGGACAUUUAAACAUCUCCAUCUUACUACAGGAGGUUACAAUUGGUUUACAAUACCUCCACAGGCAUGGGAUGGUUCAUAUGGAACUCAAUAUGAAUACUGUUACGUUGGAUUCAGCCGGAAAUAUUCGUCUAACUGGUGGGUGCCUCCCUCGUAAAGCCGACCUUCCGGGAAAUAAAGAGCAUCAUAUAAGUGGAGAUUUUGUAUAUUUGCCACCGGAAGUUUUGAGAGGAGAUCUGUACACUGCAAGUGCAGAUGCCUAUGCAUUUGGCCUACUGAUGUUUGACAUGAUGUCAAGAACGUCGGCUUUUGCCAGCCAAAGAAACAUGUCGCUUGAUCUGUUUAUUAAAAGAAUAAAUCCUAAAGAAAUGAUAAGUCUAGAAACUUAUAAAUCUGAUUUAUCGGAUGAUGCAAUUGACAUUAUACUUCGUUGCUUAGACCUGUCAGAGGAAUCAAGACCAACACUUUCAAAUUUGCAAGAACAAGUAGAGGUCCUCAAAACUAAACAACAUGCCAAAGUACCCAAGCAAUCCGAGGUAACUUACCGACGACAUAAAAAUGGUAGAGACUAGAAAAAUUGUAUUGGUCUUUUUACAUUUAUUUGGACUGCUUGGUUGAUUGAUUGAUUGUAUUUUCGAUUCGUUAUGCAUUUCGACUGUUUCUUUUAGACAGUACAAUAGUUGUGAUUGCCUAUUUAUAGAUAAUAUGGUGUAUGUCUGUUAAGAUUGCUUCUUUAUAGGCAUUAUUCUUGUUUAAUUUACUUUUAUGAAAUAACAUGCUUGCUUCAGUUGUUUUUGAAUAGGUUAUGUUUGUUUAAAGUUAAUAUACUUGUGGUUUUUUUUUUUAUUUUCAAAAGACAACAUAUCUGUGUAGAUUGUCUCUUUAUGGACACUAUUUUUCCGAAAUGUUUAUUCCAGAAACUGAUAUAGCUGAUAUGUCCGAUAAAGUAAAAGACAAUAUACUAGUACUUAUUUUUAUGCAUGAGGUCUUAAUUUGAAAACAUACCAAAGAACUCAAACAAUCAGAGUACAUUCAUUGCCAAUGACAGAAUAACUAGUACAGAAUAGAUUGUUAUAAUUAUCCUUAAAGAUUUUAUUUUUUUUUAUUUUAUGUACUUUUUACAUUUAUUUGGACUGUUUGUUCCUCGUUGUAUUUAUAUAUUGAAUGUUUGUUCUGGUUGUUUCCUUAAGACCUAAUUGUCUCAUUAAACUUGAUACCAUUUGUUCAUAUAGUCUCAUGGUUUAGAUUGUUACGGACUAAGCAAUAUUUAUAUAUUUCGGUUGUUCUUUGUAUAGGCUAUGAGUUUAUUUUGCCUAUUUGAUCGAAAGUGGUAUCUUGUCUCUGUACAGAAAGUCAUGUUUAUGAUAGUAACGUCUAGUCUGGAAUCUGAUAAUCUAAUUUGCAUACUAAUGUAAUAUACAUUUGUUGUUUAGACAUAUCUUAUGGGCCAAGACGAACGCUUCCAUAUUUGCAAGAAGUUCCUUUAUGGACAGUGUGGUUUUAUAGAUUGUUAAUUUAUAUAGAUUAUUUGCAAAGAUUGCAAGAACAUACUGAAAGUGUUUAAUGUAUUUUUAUAAGCCUUGUUUAGGUUGUCACUAUGAUAUAUACAUAUAUAAACCAUGCAAUUUUUGGAAUAAAUUUAGGAGAUUAUGUGUGCAUCUAUGUCAUGGAACCAUAUAGUAUUAUUAUACUUCCCUGGUUUAACCAUGUGUUUUUGGUUGUCCUAAAAGUCAUUAUUUGUACUGUCUGUUUGAACCUGUAGAUUAUAUUUUUUAUAUUAUUUUUUGGUGUUUGGUGUUUGACCAUGUACGAUAUAGUUAUUCUCAAAGUGAACUUAUUCCUAUUGACGGGUUUGUUACAAUUACGGUGCAAUACUACAUUUAAAAUGUACAUGGAUAAUGUUACUGUCUGUUUUUGCAUAAACAGUUAAUAAUUUCUAUUGCUACCUGUUUAAAGGUGAAAUAAAAUUACUCAAGAUACA